AUGCUGGUUUUCGUCCUUUUCGUUUUCUUUCAAGUUCAAAUUGGAGUAUUUGGACAGGCAGCUACACUUACGGCGCCCGAUACUCUGGAAAUUGGGAAGUCAGACCUAUCCAUGAGAUGUGAAAUCUCGGAUGUGACGGGGAUAUCCGAUAUCACAAGUAUUCAGUUUUACAGAGAUGCCAGGGCAACAUUGGGUUCUGAGGAGUCCAAGAUCGUGUCUGUUGAUUAUAACCGGACCAUUAGCGGAAGUGUCGUUCAAUGGCAGGACUCGACAUUAGAAUCACGCGGAUCUGCUUUUGGAUAUCUGGACACUGUCCAGUCUACUGUGCUCGAGCUCAACCUCACCAACACUGAGUGUAACGACAGCUCUACCUACAGGUGUACCGCCUAUGUGAUGACGCCAGGAGGUGUGGCCGUUUUAAAUGACGAAAAAAUGAUUGAUGCCAUAGCUUCACCUAGUCAGAUGAACCCGAUAAUGGCAACAGCGGUAUCGGGAACGAUAAAUGAAAACGGACUGGUAACCAAUGAAACAACUCUAAAUAUCACGUGCAGUGGUUCUGUAGGCAGUCCUGCAGGCAACAUCCGGUGGUGCUGGAAACAAGAAGAUGGAACGUACCAGGAAGUGACGUCAGCCGUUACAGAAUUUCCAGCCAUGGCUUCCGGAAACUGUGAAUUUAAGAGGACAUCCACACUCGUGUACAACGUGACAGACGCCGAUACCAUGACAAUGUUUGUGUGUGAAGUUAACGGGACAUAUGCAUGUGGUGGCGCCCCCUACAAAAGUGAAUUCUCCAUAACAACAGAACCAAAGUCCUCAGGUGUCACACCAGCAAGUGGGGCUGGUCGUUUCCAACUUAUGUUGAUACCUGAAGAAGAUGACGUAUACUUUAAUAAGCCUGAUCAAAAGUUGGAACAAACUUCAUGA